AUGGCAACAGAACGUUGUGCUGCUCGUCUCCGUAGCAACGGGCAGGCGGGGCUCGCGCGGCUUCUGGGAGAAAGGUUAGCAAGCUGUCGGCUUCCUCGGACCUUUGCAACAAGCUGGACGGGGGCGGGUGUGUGUGAGAAGUUGGCACUUUGGCUGAGUGAGGAACGAUGGCUUCGGAUUUGGAGGCUGCGUGCGGCUUUCAACCACAAGCUGCUGCUAGUGAAAAUCCCUGAAAAAGAAGAUGACCUUUUGCCUGCUGGUUGCUGCCUGCUGGAGAAACGGAGAGAACUGGCAGAGGUGGAACAAGCUCUGUCAGCCCAGAAAGAGGAGUUCCAGAUGAAGAUGGAGAGGCUGCAGCAUCGUCAGCAGGAGCUGGAGAGCAAGGAAAAGCAGCUCAAAGAAGCGGUCUUGAAGUUUGACAAGUUCCUGAAGGACAGCGAUGCCAAACGCAGCCGGGCCCUGCGGAAAGCUGAGGAAGAGCAGCAACAAGCGGCCCAGAGAGGAGUGGAAGUGGAACACCUUCGGCAGGAAACAGCCCGGCUGCUCUCCUUGAAGGAGAAGCUGCAGCAGCGUCUUGAGGCCCACAAGGCCUUUCCUGAAUACCUGCAAAAAGUUGUAGACAAGGCAGAGCAGUUUCAGGAAAUCCCAGAGCUGAUCAGCCGUUUCCAGACACUAAUUGCCACCCAGGCCAAGUUGAUACAGAGGGAGCUUGUGAAUCGUGAAGCCAUGGAAGAGGAACAUGCCCGCCUGCAGAAAUACGUGGAGGAGAGCAGCAACCAGAUCUUGCGGCAAAACAACCAGAUUGCACAGCUGCAGGCCCAGCUGGAACAGGCCCAGAUCAGGGUUCACGAAGGGGAGUCCGUCUGGAACAGAAUCCAGAACACAGCUGCUGAGAAGACCUUGGAGGUGGGGCAGAUCAAGCUGGCGGCUUUGAACCUCUUCCAGAUGGUGGCCAAGCACAGGAAACUGCCGGCCAAUGUGGCCCAAGAGGACACAGAAGCUCAACUGGAUGCGGUCAAGCUGUGUAUGGUAGAUUUAAUCAACAUGCUGGCUGACUUCCGUAAAGGGGAUCCACCAUCAGUUCCUCAGCCUGAGCGGACAGCAACACCUCAGUCUGAGCUCAACAAGACAUAUCCAACGUCUAGACACUGGGUUCGGGUCAAGUACUUUGCUGGCCUCAACACCCAACUGGCAAAUUGUGCUUGGCUAGGCCAAGACCCACGAGAUCCAGGCUUGUUCUAA